CUGUGAAUUGUGGGCUAGAGGAGUCAAGAUGGCGGCGGGCAGUGGUAGACACAGCGCAUCGCCUCCGUUAUUUCCCUCCGUAGCGGCUCAGGAUGCCGUCAAAUCUUUAUACCCGAUGGUGAACGAGGAGGAGACGCCCCUUCCGCGCUGCUGGAGUAGUAAAGACAAGUACAGCUUCAUUGGACUCUCUCAAAACAACCUUAGAGUCCAUUACAAAGGUCACGGGAAGAACCACAAGGAUGCAGCCAGUGUGAGGGCCACACAUCCGAUCCCAGCAGCUUGUGGUCUUUACUAUUACGAAGUGAAGAUCGUCAGCAAGGGCCGCGAUGGGUAUAUGGGCAUUGGUUUGUCAUCACAGGGUGUGAACAUGAAUAGACUGCCAGGCUGGGACAAGAAUUCUUUUGGAUAUCACGGUGAUGACGGCCACUCGUUUUGUUCCUCCGGCAGCGGCCACCCCUAUGGCCCAACCUUCACCACAGGUGACGUGAUUGGCUGUGGUAUCAAUCUCAUCGACAACGUUUGCUUCUACACAAAAAAUGGACAUUAUCUUGGUGUGGCGUUUGCUGACCUGCCUUCCCAGUUAUACCCGACGGUGGGCCUGCAAACCCCAGGAGAGGUUGUGGACGCAAACUUCGGCCAGUCUCCAUUUGUGUUUGACAUCGGAGAAAUGAUGAGAGAAUUACAGAGUCGAGUUCGGAACACCAUUCAGACCUUCCCAGUUCCAGACACUCAUGGACAGUGGCAGAGUAUGCUUCACAGAAUGGUGUCAACGUACCUGGUGCAUCAUGGGUACUGCGCCACAGCGGAAGCCUUUGCCCGCUCCACAGCUCAGGACUUUGACGAGGAACUUACAUCUAUCAGGAACCGUCAGAAGAUACAGAAGCUUGUGUUGAGUGGCAGGAUGGGUGAGGCGAUCGACACAGUGCACCAGCUGUACCCCGGCCUCCUGGAAAACAACAAAAACCUUCUCUUUAUGCUCAAGGUGCGACAGUUCAUUGAGAUGGUGAACGGCACGGACACAGACGUGAAAACGGGGGCGGGGGGCGGCGGCGGCGUGGGGGGCCGUAAGAUGUGCGGUGGGAGCCCGGCAGCCAUUGAGAGGAUGCUACAUUUUGGCAGAGAGGUCCAACACAUGAGCCAGGUGCUGAAGAUUCACCUGGGGAAGAGUGACCAGAACAAGAAAAUGCUGCAGGAUGCGUUCAGUCUUCUGGCCUACAACGACCCAUGGAACAGCCCCGUUGGUUGGCAGCUCGACCCAUUGCAGAGAGAACCGGUCUGCCAGUCACUCAACUCAGCUAUACUAGAGUCACACCAGCUGCCGCGUCGACCACCCCUGGAAAUUUGUGUAGCCCACACCAGGCAGCUCUUAACUCUGAUGUCCCGAUCUGGCCUGGGAUCUUGUGCCUUCUCUAGUGUUGAUCAUGUCCUGGGGGGGUCGCCGCUACCCCCCACGCCCCCCUCCGCUGCCACCACCACCACCACCGCCGCCGCCACCAACGCCCUCCACCACCACCACCACCACCACUACCACCACCACCACCGCCAUAUUCAUGACCAGUGAUAUAGAUUAGUGUAAGAUUAUUAUUGUUGUUAUUAUUAUUAUUAUUAUUAUUUGUUUUAUUUUUGGUUUAUUGUGUUUUUUUUUUCAAUAUUUCCGCGUUUUUUUCAGUUCACUUUGACGAUUUUUCUCUAAUUUAUUUGUUUGUUUUUCUGAGUUAAUGUUUUUUUUGUAAUGUAUUUUUUUUUAAGUAUUUUUUAACGAAUUCUGCUUUUUUUUUUCCCCAAUAUUUCGACGAUUUUAUUGACUUUUCUUGUGUUUUUUGUCCGUUUUAACAAUUUCAUCCUGACAUUUGGUGUUUUUAAAUAUUCUGUUUUUUUUUUUUGAUAUUGUAUAGUAAUUUUAGGGAUCUCUGCCCCCCCAAAAGCCCCCUCUCACUGCCCCCCAAUGCCCCCUGUAAGUGCCCCCUCCCCCCAGAUGCUACACCCCCACCAUUACCCACAAUGCCCCUGUUUGGACGCUUGUUUGUGUUUCUUUACGUUUGUUUCUUUCGUUUGAUAAAAAUUUGAUGUAUUUUAUUAUUUAUUUAUUUUUUAUUCAGAGGAGAAAAUUAUUAUUAUUAUUAUUAUUAUUAUUAUUAUUAUUAUUAUUGCUGUUUUAUUCUCUCUCUCUCUCUCUCUCUCUCUCUCUCUCUCUCUCUCUCUCUCUCUCUCUCUCUCUCUCUCUCUCUCUCUCUCUCUCUCUCUCUCUCUCUCUCUCUCUCUCUCUCUCUCUCUCUCUCUCUCUCUCUCUCUCUCGUGUGUGUGUGCGUGCGUGCGUGCGUGUGUGUAUUUUCCUAGCAGCUGCUGUGUGUGCGUGUGAUUGACGUACACACACACACACACACACACACACACACACACACACACACACACACACACACACACACACACAUUGUGCAAAAAAUUUAUAAAUAUAUAUAUUUUUAUUCUCUCUCUCUCUCUCUCUCUCUCUCUCUCUCUC